CUGUUUUAUCCCAGGACGGAAAAUUAUCAGUGAAUAAGCAUGUCAAGAGGAGAAAUCAUCAUUUUGUUUCUGUCUUUGUUGAUUGAGUCUUCACUGACUCAAAGAAAUCCAUGUGAAAGGGAGGCAGACUGCCCCAAAGACAACCAGGAAGUUUUUAGUACAUCUACGACAGAAAUCCCACGCGUCCUGAGAACAGGUGUGACAGAGGUUUUCUUUGUGGACAGCCAGAUCAAAACAAUCCCCAAAGAAGCCUUUGUUGAAAACCCCCAGCUUGAAAAGGUGGAGUUCAUGAACACUAAUACGACGUCUAUUGAGCCUGGAGCUUUUGAAGGUUUGAUACACCUCAAGCAUAUUGAGAUCUCCAGCACUCCAUUAACGUCAAUCCCAGUGGGAGCCUUUAAAGACCUCGGCAACCUGGAGUUUAUUGUACUAAAGCUAAACAAGCUCCAUAGUCUGGAGAAGGGCUUGUUUGACGGCCUUAAAAAAGUAAAAUAUCUCAAGUUACAUGACAACGAGAUUGAAUCGAUUGAAGACGGGACCUUUGAUGGUCUAGAGGAACUUGAAUUGCUCCAUUUAGCUAAAAAUAAUCUCUCUGCUGUAUCUGCCGACUGGUUCUCAGACCUAAAGAAACUGCAGAUUCUCCGGCUUUAUGAGAAUCAGCUGACCAGUGUUCCUGAGGAGAUUUUUCAGAAUUUGACAGAAUUGAAGGAAAUUGGGUUGCAGAGAAACAAAAUAACAGAAUUAUCACAGAAUCUCUUUCCACAUAAAAUCAAACUAAAUAAGCUGUAUUUGGAUAGUAAUCUCCUGACUGGUCUACCGCCAGAUUUUUUCAUUGGCUUCCCUCAGCUUAAAACACUGACCCUGUUUAAUAAUCAACUGACUAGUCUACCACCAGUGCUUUUUGGAGAAAUGCCAAAAUUCACUGACUUAGGCCUCGGUCAAAAUAAUCUCAGCUCUCUUCCUAAAGGAAUAUUAGGCCCUCUGAAGAAACUCAGGAAGCUUGAUCUGUCUAAAAAUCACUUUGUCACCUUGAAUGCUGAGUAUUUUGUAGGCCCUGAUAAGCUUUUGGAGCUGAAUCUACAGCACAACAAGAUACAUUUGCUGGAUGAAGGUGUGUUUGAAAAGCUACAGUCACUGACAACACUCAAGCUAGCCCACAAUGACCUCCAAAUGCUUCCUGAGGAUAUUUUUCAGCCUUUAACAAAACUCAAAAAACUUUACCUCAAUGGCAACCCUUGGAACUGUGACUGUAACCUGGUACAUCUUUACCUCUGGAUGAAGGCGAACUCUGACAAGAUUGCGUCUACUGUGGUCUGUGAGUAUCCAGAACAUCUAAAAGAUCAGGAAAUCCAAUCACUAACAAUGGAUCAACUUAUUUGCCCCACCCUUCCCCCCACAACCACUCUCUUGAUCACCACAUCUACCACAACGAUCCCAACGACAGAACCAGCAACGACCACCCUUACUACAACAACACCUCUUCCUACAACACCAACCACCACUUUUCCACUCCCUACAAUGCCUCCCACAAUGACCACGCUCACCACUAUACUCCCAACCACAGAACCAAUCACCACCAUCCUCACAACCACAACUCCAACAACCUCUUUGCCAACUACAACUAUAUCAACCACUACUGUCUCCACCACGGCACUAGCCACAACAACCACAACAACACCAACAACCACGGCUCUGCCAACAACCACACCCACAACCACUAUGAGCACAGCUAUAGACACCACAGUCAUGACCACAAUAUUAACAACUGCACCCACAACCACAAUAAUAACAACUGCACCAACAACCACAAUAACAACUGCACCAACAACCAUGACCAUGACAACAACAACUGCACCAACAACCACAACCAUGAUAAUAACAACCGCACCCACAACCACAACCAUGAUAAUAACAACCGCACCAACAACCACAACCAUGAUAAUAACAACCGCACCAACAACCACAACCAUGAUUACAACAACUGCACCCACAACCACAAUAACAACACCCACAACUACUUUAACAACAACUAUGCCAACAACCACUACCCAAACACCUCCUCCACAAACCACUCCAGUCAUUCAGGAGCCAUCACCUUCCUUCAUGUAUCAGUACAGAAACAAAGUUCAGCGGUGCAAAUCUCAGUUGAUGACCUACAUCGCACUGCUGGUGGUGGAGAUCACCUGCACACUGGCACUGGCUAAGUUCACCCUGUCUCUUUACCGCCUGCUGCAGGGCAGGGAGAGGAUGCACUACACAGUCAAACUCACCCGCUUCUCUUACAGGAGAGAGGUCCUCCUCAAGCCUCUACGAGAGGCAGAGACUCACAGACAUUAA